GUUCUGACACACCAAAUAUUUUUACUUCCUGCACACACACACACAACACACGGCAUGAAGCAGGCUGCUCACAGCAGCUCAGACGCAACAGCACGUCGCUAGGGAGUGUUCCGUGCGAACAGGGAAGCGAAGCGCGCGGGGAGUCGGGGACCCAGCAGCGCAAGCCCAGGCAGGAGUCAGGAUACAGCAGCGGGGGAAACCGACCUGAUAUCGGGAGAGGAGGAGGAGGGGAGGCACAUACCGACGCCGUGAAAAGGCACCGAACUCACUAUAUCUCUCCCGUUCCCUUUCUGCACACUUCCGCGUUAAGAUGGCUGACCGCGAGCAGAGCAGCAGUGACGGAGAGAGCUUGAACACCGCAGGUUCGGAGCGUCGGGAUAGCGGGGCCGCGAGGGGGUUCGCCCGCCAAGGAGCCUUGCGGCAGAAGAACGUGCACGAGGUCAAGGACCACAAGUUCAUCGCACGCUUCUUCAAGCAGCCCACGUUCUGCAGCCACUGCACCGACUUUAUCUGGGGCUUUGGCAAGCAGGGGUUCCAGUGUCAAGUGUGUUGUUUCGUCGUACACAAACGCUGUCAUGAGUUUGUCACCUUCUCCUGCCCUGGGGCUGACAAGAACUCCUCAGACGGUGGGGAUGAGGACCCGAGGAGUAAACACAAGUUCAGGGUCCAUACGUACUCCAGCCCGACCUUCUGUGACCACUGCGGAUCUCUGCUCUAUGGCCUCAUCCACCAGGGCAUGAAAUGUGAUCAUUGUAUGAUGAAUAUCCAUAAACGUUGUGUCGCCAACGUCCCCAGUCUUUGUGGAACAGACCACACAGAGAGACGAGGACGAAUCCACAUCACAGCAGACAUUAAGGACAACACACUGACUGUUUACAUCCAGGAGGCUUGUAACCUAGUGCCCAUGGACCCUAAUGGUCUCUCUGACCCCUAUGUGAAGCUCAAACUCAUCCCCGACCCCAAAAGUGACACCAAGCAGAAGACCAGGACCAUUAAGUGCAACCUGAACCCUACCUGGAAUGAGACCUUCACGUUUUCUCUGAAGGACUCUGAUAAGGACCGUCGUCUGUCUGUGGAGAUCUGGGACUGGGAUUUGACCAGCCGGAACGACUUCAUGGGAGCGCUGUCCUUCGGCAUCUCAGAACUCCAGAAACAAGGAGUGGAUGGAUGGUUUAAAUUGUUAUCCCAGGAGGAAGGAGAGUACUUUAAUGUCCCUGUCCAACCAGAUGGAGAAGAGGGAAAUGAAGAGAUACGACAGAAAUUUGAGAGGGCUCGGAUUGGUCCUGGUAAGAACACCGAUGGGUCAUCAUCUAACUCCAUCUCUAAGUACGAUAGUAACGGUAACCAGGACCGUGUCAAACUAACAGACUUCAACUUCAUCAUGGUGCUGGGCAAAGGAAGCUUUGGAAAGGUGAUGUUAGCAGAACGUAAGGGAGCAGAUGAGCUGUACGCCAUCAAGAUCCUGAAGAAGGACGUGGUGAUCCAGGACGAUGAUGUGGAGUGCACCAUGGUGGAGAAGAGGGUCCUGGCCUUGUCUGGGAAACCCCCCUUCCUCACGCAGCUACACUCCUGCUUCCAGACCAUGGACCGGUUGUAUUUUGUGAUGGAGUAUAUCAAUGGAGGAGACCUCAUGUAUCAGAUCCAACAGGUUGGAAAGUUCAAGGAGCCCCAUGCAGUGUUCUAUGCUGCUGAGAUUUCCAUCGGCCUGUUUUUCCUACAUUCCAAAGGCAUCGUUUACCGGGACCUGAAGCUGGACAAUGUAAUGUUGGAUGCUGAGGGCCACAUUAAGAUAGCUGACUUCGGGAUGUGUAAAGAGAACAUGCUAGAUGGAGUCACAACAAAGACGUUCUGUGGGACCCCAGACUACAUCGCCCCGGAGAUCAUAGCGUACCAGCCAUAUGGGAAGUCUGUCGACUGGUGGGCCUUCGGAGUUCUCCUGUAUGAGAUGCUGGCUGGACAGCCUCCCUUUGAUGGUGAAGAUGAGGAUGAGUUGUUCCAGGCCAUCAUGGAGCAUCAUGUCUCCUACCCCAAAGCAAUGUCCAAAGAGGCGGUCGCCAUCUGCAAAGGGUUGAUGACGAAGCACCCCGGAAAGCGUCUGGGCUGCGGUCCUGAGGGGGAGCGGGACAUAAAGGAACACGCCUUCUUCCGCUACAUGGACUGGGACAAACUGGAGAACAAGGAGGUCCAGCCGCCAUUCAAACCCAAAGCUUGUGGCCGCGAGGCGGAGAACUUUGAUCGUUUCUUUACACGCCACCCCCCUGUCCUGACCCCCCCAGACCAGGAAGUCAUCAUGAAUCUGGACCAGGAAGAGUUCCAGGGUUUCUCAUUUGUUAACCCAGAGUACCCCAACAUGGACUGACCAAUCACAGCGCUGAAUUGGUCCUGCCCCUUUAUGUCAUUCAAGAUAUUGGUUUAGGAUCCAGAUUGUCUGAGGGUCAGGGUGUUUCCCAACUGUCUCUCCUUCUUGAAGUGUGCACUUGUUCACUCCUCAUCACCACACAUUCAACAGCAUCGUACAUGCCCUUUUAACAAGUGCUCACUUCAGGAGAAAGGAGAGGUAGUUUGGACACUGCUGGGCCUUCUGACCUCCAGACCAUGACAAACCCCUUCUCUGCCAUAUCUACUGUUCAGACCCCUCCACUUGAGGUAAAGUUGUUCUUAAACACAGAUCUGGGAUCAGAUUACAAAACCCCAACUACUAAUGUGAACCAUUACAUGCUGACCUAACAACAGAUCUAGGAUCACUCCUAACCAUAGAUCUAGGGUCAGCACUAACCACACAGAUCUAGGAUCAGUCCUAACCAGAGAUCUAGGAUCAGCACUAACCAGAGAUCUAGGAUCAGCACUAACCAGAGAUCUAGGAUCAGUCCUAACCAGAGAUAUAGGAUCAGUCCUAACCACACAGAUCUAGGAUCAGCACUAAUCACAGAUCCAGGAUCAGUCUCAACCACAGAUCUUGGGUCAGUCCUAACCACAGAUCUAAGACAUGUUUUAACAUUCACCAUUAGUUACUAACCUUACUUAACCACAGAUUUAGGACCAGUGUUAACCUGGUUAAGAUUAAGAUCUGACUUUUUGGGGAGUGGCUAGGGACAAUAUUUACUGAACUGAACCAUGUGUACCAAUCUAUGAUGCUGAAUCAAUCGAUUAAUAAUUGAUAACCCACCAAUCAAUCAAUGACAUUCCACCAAACAAAUCUCUUCCCACUGAUCUGGGACUAGCUUUGAUGAAUCAAUCAAACGGAUCACCAUUUCAUUAGUUAUCACUGUUGUGGAAAUGUUAUGAAACAAAUGUUAGGAGAAUGUUUCAGUGAUGUUAUUGCAAAGAAAGGGGUGGGGUGAUAAGACACACACAGACACACCCACACCCACACACACACACACACGCGCGCGCACCCACACACACACAAAAUGUUACUAUAAAACUGUGUGCCAAAGCAGGGUCGGAGUUCAGGGUUCUCCUACGUUAUGGAGACAAGCGGCAGCCAUUUUGUGCCACAGAGCCCAACCAGCUACACCUCAGAUACACAGCCUUCCGUGCAACUGGAUUCAGACAGGGCUCAUCUCAAUGGCUUCAUUCUACACCUUUUACCUGACGUCUGCGCACUUACAGUCCUCUUAAAGAUCCACACGGACUCCCUCUAGCGAAUGACUGCUCACUUUAGGGAGAAGGGUAAAGAACUGGUGCCAGUGGCGCAUCGCUUUAUGACCUCCAUCAAGGUUACGGACACACAUUUCCCAAAUGACCACCCUAUUCCCUGGGUUGUCCACCCUGGAGGGCAGUGAACUGCACAGGGAGUAGGGCCAUUUGACUUGGACGAGGACUGUCUGACCACUGCCAAACAGGGAUAUUGUAGUGAGUGUAUGAACAGGGGGUUGGUUAUGCUAGCUGGUUUGUUAGCUGUUUGCUGGUUAAUUAACUAUGGGUUAUAGAAAUACUGGCUGUUUAGUUGGCUGGUUUCUAGUACUAUAGGGCAUUUAGACAUUUUAGUUUUUUGCUUUAGUUUUUUUUGUAACUGUUUGAAAAAAGAGAGACUAUGUGAUUAUGUUAACAUGCAGUUGAAUGUGUCAAAUAAUGUUAAGUGCUUUAUCUUGUAUCUAGAGAGACUGAGAAAUAUAACAAUGACGAUACUGGAUGAACAUUGUACUUGUGUGAGAGAGCUGACGGCGGCAGGCAUUAUCUGAUCUGGAGCCCCAAACCCAGGUCUUCUUGUUAAAGCUUUACCCCUCCGACCGGCCACUUCCCCAGGGAGGUUUGCGGCCGGACAUUCUCCCAUCGAUGAAGGCUUUUAUUCCCCCAAAAAUACUUCUGUCCUCUGGGGCGGGGGGGUACUAAUGUAAUGUGUAAACACAAAUGUACAUCCAACUUUUUUUUUACUUUACCGAAUGCUUGUCAUAUCUCCUUACUGGGCACUGCCAUUGGGGAAUUGGGAUUCAAGGUGUUUUAUUUUCAUUGGAAUUCACAUUGUAUAGCCCUUCCUGACUGGUAUUUAGUUCUUGAAAUUAAUAUUGAAGUAAAUAUAUUUUUCAGGGAUAGGGGAUGUAGCCAUCAUACAUAAUGAUACUAUGGUACAGAUCUCCUGGAGCAAAGAGGCUAGGAGCCGCUCGAAAAUGGAUAUCUAAAUACCAAGGUUUAAAGAUGGAUGCCUAGCUACAAGGAUUAGUAAAGAUGGACACCUAGCUACAGAGAUUAAAGAUGGAUACCUAGCUACAGAGAUUAGUAAAGAUGGAUGCCUAUCUACAGAGAUUACUAGCAGAAAUUAUUAAACAGAUUAGUAAAAAUAGAUGCUUAGCUACAAUAAUGAGUUAAGAUGGACGCCUAGCUAUAGAGAUGAGUAACUAUGGGGGAAUGUUCACAGUAAGUUUGUGUCACUGUGAAAAGGGAGAUGUAUUGUUGAUCUUGUUGUAAAACUGUCUUCUGAUUGGUUAAUAUAAUGUAACUAAAUUCAACCUGUCUUCUGAUUGGUUAAUAUAACAUAACUAAGCUCA